AUGCCACAACACCCAACUGGCGUGUUCGUGGAGUAUCCAAACUCCAGGCCAUCGAAAGGGUGCCCUCAAUUCUAUCCUUCCUUCUCCAGCAUGCCAUCAAAGGACAAUUACGUUGGCUAUAGGAGGCUCGGCAAUCCAGACGAAACGCUGUAUCCGGGCUUCAAUUUCCAAAAAACACUUCUCUCUGAUGAGGUUCUAGCAGCAGUCCCGACCCCAGAUCCCCACUUUGCCUUUUUUGACAGUGCUGGCCACAACAAUCAAGCUGUCAAGCCCGGUGCUUGGCAAUUUCCCGGCUGUUCAGACCUGGACCUAAUGGAAAAUUGCGCCAGUAGCACAGCAACGGCAGACCUGGAUAAUUGCGUCAAUACGCCCACCUCGCUUUCUCCCAGUUGGAACUCAAGCUUGGUAGCGGGCUCGGACCUACAACCCUCUUUAAGACCAGGGUUGGACAUGGCCACCUUGGCACUGGAAAGUAGCUGGCCCAUGCAGGACAUGGACAACGAUUCCGACCUUUCCACUUACUCUCCUGUUAAGGUUUCCCACAGCCAGCCCACAAAGGCGUCUGUUGUCGCCACGGUUAACCCGGAGCCUUCGAUCUUGCACACUUGUCAAAAUGAUAAGAGCAGAAAACCCGUAGCGCGGUCCGGUCGCAGCGUUUGGUGCGAGAAAAACGACUUGGCGCUACUGAAGACUAUGCUAUGCCAUCAAGAUCUGCUACUCUCAGCGUACAGGCGUCGCCCUCGCAGUCGUUACUGGGCGUGCAUCAGCGAGAAUUUGGCCUCAGAAUAUGGUAUGCAUCGAAACAAACGCCAGUGUCGCGACCGCUUCAAUCUCAUCUACUGGAAGGCUGUUCGCGACCAACAGCAAGAAAGACAUACCGCUACUACGAGCGAACAUGAAACUUUAAAGCAAGAAUGCAUGCGUCGCUUCUACAUCGACAAAGACAACAACUUGAUGCUGAGGCCCACGGCUCGCACUAGCGAUGCUCCAGCAGAAGAGGCUAAUCUAAACGCCAGUGCCCAAGUUAAAACGAAUCCGAAUGCGGAAACUAAGCCCAGUGUCACUGCGUUCAACUGCCAAGAGAGUCCAUUACAGAUUUUCGUACGACUCCAGAAAGACGUUGCACAGCUCACAAAGAAGCUAGACCCUCUCCAUCAAGAGCUGGACUCUCAAAGAGAGUUGCUUGCGCAGUUGGAACAGAAACACACCCUAAGUCUGCGAACACACCACGCCUGUGAGCACGCACACACACAUUCGGCGCGCCAGGAGUACGAUCGCUACACCGGCGAUCAAGGCGCCGGCGCACACAAGAAUAUCAAGUGGUAA